UAGUUAAAAGUGUAAUUUAACCCAAUUUUAUGGCUGCUCUGAAUAAUUCAAACCGAAGCCGAUCCAAUCUCACUUUAUUUCAAAUCUUGUCACUCAAAAAAGAAAAAAAGUGAUAAAAUUCGAUGGGCAAAUCCAAGAAGCAAUCAAGAGCAAAAUCAACUCCUCCUCCUUCAUCUUCAAUGGCCUCCUCCGCCUCCCCUGCUCCGCCUCCGCCGCCGCCGCCUCUGCCGCCGUCGGCAGCGAAGAAGAGUUUCCUUCGCCGGGCCCUCCCCUUUCUCCUCCCCGCCAAUCUCGCCGUUGGAGUUUACGUACUGGCGAGAACUUGGAAGAAAGAGCCAUCUGAGAAAGACGAGGAAAGCAAAGAGAAGAUACCGUCCUCUCAAGUUACAAGCAAAGAAUCUGCUAUCUCCGAAAAAACAACAUCAACAUCAAUUCCUUCAUCCAUGGUGACCCGUGCUCCUAUUCCAGAGCACGAGCAGCGUGAGCUCUAUAAAUGGGUUUUGGAAGAGAGGAGGAAGGUGAAGCCUAGAGAUUCUGCAGAGAAGAAGAAGAUCGAUGAGGAGAAAGCUCUUCUGAAGAAAUUUAUUAGGGCCGAGUCCCUCCCAAGUUUGUAGGAUAUGGAUUUUUGACAGUGUGUUCAGAAUUUAAAUCUGUAUCUGGGUUUGGACAAUGAACAAACAUGUCAGAUGUUUUAUUUUGGGAAGAUAUGUUGUUUUGUGUGGACUGUGUAAAAUUGAUUUUACUUUCAAGAAUAGCUUGAGAUAGAACUCUGUAUUUGGUUCCUUAGUAUUUUACAAUAUUACAUUAAUGAAGAGCGGCUCCCCUUACAGUGUGU